AUGCGUCUCUCUGUACCCAUUUUCUUUCUGCUGUGGGUUAAAGCCCUGACAUUGAAAAAUCUCAAUUAUUCUGUCCCAGAGGAGCAAGGACCUGGCACUGUUAUAGGUAAUAUAGCAAAAGAUGCCGGAUAUGGGACCAUGGAGAGAGGGAAAAAAUCUAACUUCAGAGUACUGGAGAAUUCUGCACCACAUCUGGUGGAUGUUGACCCGGAGAGUGGACUAAUCUUUACCAAACAAAGGAUUGACAGGGAAACGUUAUGCAGGCGCAACCCAAAGUGCCAGCUCUCCAUGGAGGUGUUUGCCAACGACAAGGAAAUAUGCAUGAUUAAGAUUGACAUACAGGACAUAAAUGACAACUCGCCAAUUUUUCCUUCAGAUCACGUUAAUAUUGAUAUUUCAGAAAACGCAGCUGCUGGGACACGCUUCCCUCUGACUAUUGCACAUGACUCAGAUUCUGGGGAAAAUGGGAUAAAAACCUACCAGGUCACAAGAGAUGAUUACAAUACCUUUUCUUUGGAUUUAAAAGUAAGGGGCGAUGGGACUAUAUAUCCAGAGCUGGUGGUUCAGAGACCUCUGGAUAGGGAGGAUCAGAGUCAUCACACCCUGCUCCUCACAGCAAUUGAUGGUGGGGAGUAUCCCAGAUCAGGCUCCAUGCAAAUCAAUGUCAGAGUGACUGAUUCGAAUGACAAUAGCCCGGUUUUUGAAAAAUCCUCCUAUGUGAUAGAGAUUGCAGAAAAUUCCCCUCCUGGAAAAGUACUCAUUGAUUUAAAUGCCACUGACCAAGAUGAGGGCAGCAACGGGCAGGUGGUCUAUUCCUUUACUGGAUAUGCAUCUGAACGAAUACAAGAUUUGUUCUCCAUUGACCCUAAUACUGGCGUUGUAAAAGUCCAGGGGGAAAUUGACUAUGAAGAAAAUCCAAUCAUAGAGUUUGAUGUGCAGGCUAAGGAUCUUGGGCCAAACCCCAUACCAGGCCAUUGUAAAAUUACUGUCAAAGUGCUUGACAAAAAUGACAACUCGCCAAUAAUAAGUUUUGUUUCUGUCCGGCAAGGAGCCAUCAGCGAAGCAGCACCUCCAGAAUCUGUCAUCGCUCUGGUCAGAGUGACAGAUAAAGAUUCUGGCCGAAAUGGUCAGCUUCAGUGUCGGGUGCUGGGAAAUGUACCUUUUAGACUGCAGGAAAAUAAUGAUAAUUUUUACACACUGCUCACAGACAGACCCUUGGACAGGGAAAUGAAAGAUGAAUACAAUGUUACAAUUGUGGCACGAGACAAUGGGAUCCCUUCUUUGAACUACACCAAGUCAUUCACUGUGAAAAUUUUGGAUGAAAACGACAAUGCGCCGCGUUUUACAAAGACAAUGUAUGUGUUACAGGUGCCUGAGAACAACAUCCCAGGGGAGUAUUUGGGCUCUGUUCUGGCCCAUGAUCCAGAUGUAGGUAGAAAUGGAACAGUGUCAUAUUCCAUCCUGCCAUCACAUAUAGGAGAUGUUUCCGUGUACACCUAUGUGUCUGUUAAUCCCACCAAUGGAGCCAUAUAUGCCUCACGGUCUUUCAAUUAUGAGCAAACUAAAUCAUUUGAGUUCAAAGUUCAAGCUAAAGAUGGAGGGUCUCCUCACAUGGAGAGCACAUCUACAGUCAGGGUCAAUGUACUUGACGUCAACGACAAUCUCCCAGUUAUUAUUUUGCCCCUGCUGCAAAAUGAUACAGCUGAAAUCCCGGUGCCUAGAAAUGUAGGCAUUGGAUAUAUUGUAGCUACUGUGAAAGCAGUAGACCAUGACCACGGGGAAAGUGGACAUUUGACCUAUGAGAUCACAGAAGGAAAUGACGACCACCUGUUUGAGAUGGAUCCAGUGGGAGGAGAGGUCAGAACUACCCAUGCUCUAUGGGAGGAGGUCACCCCAGUGGUUGAGCUGGUGGUGAAGGUAACUGACCAUGGCAAGCCCCCCUUAUCUGCUGUGGCUAAGCUGAUCAUUAAGGCGAACACAGAAACGGCAGCAGGAGGGGGUUCCAGCACAAGUGGGGAGCAGCAGCACUGGGACGUAUCCUUGCCCCUCAUAGUUACCCUCUGCAUUAUCUCUGUCAUGCUCUUAGCAGUCAUGACCGCCAUCGCUGUCAAGUCCAAGCAUCAAGAUAAGGAGACUGGGAAUUAUAACUGCCGCAUGGCUGAGUACUCCAAUCCUCCAGUGGGGAAGGGCAAGAAGAAAAGGAUCAACAAGAGUGACAUCAUGCUGGUGCAGAGUGAGAUGGAGGAGAGAGAUUCCGCCAGCCGGAUGAACGUGGUGAGCAGCCCCUCGCUCAUCACUUCACCAAUAUGUUUUGACUACCAGAGCCCUCUACCACUUACGCUGCCCCGGUCAGAGGUCAUGUACCUGAAAACCACCACAAACAGCCUGACAGUCCCCAGGGCAGGUUGCCACUCCAGCUUUGCUGGGCUUAGCAAAGACACUCCAGCGAACAGGAUGUCAGUGAUACAGACUGAAAAUUUCCCCUCCGAGCCCAAUUAUGCUGGCAGCAGGCAGCCAUUUGUUCAAAGCUCAACAUUUAAGGAUGCAGAACGAGCAAGCCUCCGAGACAGUGGCCAUGGUGAUAGUGACCAGGCUGAUAGUGACCAGGAUACUAAUAAAGGCUCACACUGCGACACGUCUGCCAGGGAGGCCCUCAAGAUGAAAGCAACAGCAGUUAAUGGCCAGCCUUUUGAGCAGGAGCAAGACAAAUCAGUCCACUGCACCGAUGAGUGUCGUGCACUGGGACAUUCUGACAGAUGCUGGAUGCCAAAGUUACGGGUAGGAAGCCAAGCAGACAGCGCCGAUAAUCGCACCAAUCUUUUCAUCCCUGUGGGAAUGGAUGCCAUGGUAGAGACAGAGAUUUAUGGCACCAUCAGCUGCAGCAGCAGAAAAACCCUCAGCACGUUUGGAAAGGAACAGCGGGACAGUACAAUCCUAGUGGCUAAUGUCAAACCUUACUUAAAAUCGCAGCGUGCACUAAGCCCACCGCUACAGGAGAGUCCAUCUGUGUCCAGUAGUCCCUCCAAGAAUAGUAUGCCCCUGGACUUCACCAACCAAGAGUCCAAAGAAGAGAGGGAGGGGGGUUCAGACAGCAGUGCCUAUGGCCCUCCAGAUGGGCAAUGCUCCCCACUGCACACUGAAUUGGAGGAGCCCUCCUACCUGACCUGUGAGCUCAGGCCCAAGUCCCUGUCAAGCAGUCUCAUUCACAGCUCGGUCAUCAGCCAGGAGUGCGGGGGGUCAGAAUGUGCUCUCGACCCGCGGGAUUCUGGUAACUGA